AACUUUAAUCCCCACGUAGAUCUCUUGGAUAAGGAAAAAGUUGUUAUAGCUGCGUCGAUCAAGUUCUUCUCUUGAGGAUGUCGAUGGAUGGUUCCCCCGUUUCCAGCUCGGUGAAGCAAAAAUUGGGCCAUCUGUUGCCGGGAGGCCUGGGCAGGGCAAUGGCUGUACUGGGGCUCUUGUUGCUUCUGUUCUAUGUGUUCUCCUUCAAUUACCCGUACAGCCAAGACUCAGCCUCCAAUAUAUACCUCCACUUCCCGCACAAGUGGUGGGCCUCGCUUUCUGGUGGCGCCACCACCGCUACUCCGACCAACCUCAGCCACAUUGUUUUCAGAGUCUUCAGUUCCUUGAAAAUGUGGGAAGCCAGGAAGGUUUACCUGGAAUCCUGGUGGCGGCCGAAUAUAACACGGGGGUACCUCUUCGUGGAUGGACUCACAAAGAAUGAGUCUCUCUGCCCCUAUACAUGUCCCCCAAUCCUGAUAAACGAGGACAUCACGAACUGGGAGAUAUACCCACUGAUCAAGAACCCUGUACAGGUCCACAUGGUCCGGAGCAUCAUGGAGGUGUUCAGGCAGGGGGAUCAGGACGUCAGAUGGUUCGUGAUGGCAGAUGACGAUUCAGUGCUCUUCCUGGACAACAUAGUAGAAGUGCUAUCAAAGUACGACCAUACCAAGUACUUCUACCUCGGUGCCAGCUCAGAAUCGAUUCUCUCGAACGCUUACAUAUCAUUCGGGAUGGGCUUUGGGGGAGGUGGUCUUGCCCUAAGCUACCCCUUGGUGGCAGCAAUGUCAAAGAAGUUGGAUGGCUAUAUUAAGAGAUACCCUAACUUAUGGUCCGACCAUCUUAUUUAUAUGUGCAUACUUGACCUAGGAGUUGCUAUUUCUCAGCAAAAAGGAUUUCACCAGAUUGAUCUCCGUGAAAAUAUAGCUGGAUUCUUGUCGUCCCACCCGCAGUCUCCCCUCCUUUCCCUCCACCACUUCGAUGUGGUGGACCCUAUCUUCCCAUCCAUGAACCGAACCGAGUCAAACCGUCACCUCAUGAAGGCUGCAGGAGUCGAUCAAUCCCGACUCUUACAGCAAACAAUAUGCUACCAAAGGGAGAAGAAUUGGUCCAUUUCAAUCUCCUGGGGUCACUCCGCCCACAUCUAUGAGAACUUGUUGCCCCGACACAUUCUUCAGAUGCCCAUCGAGACGUUCAAGCCUUGGAUCUGGAAUGCAAAGUGGCCCAAGUUUAUGUUCAACACGAGACCUGUCAAGAGCGACCCCUGCGAGGCCCCGCAUUGGUUCUUCUUUGAGUCCAUAGAGAGCAAGAACAAGGACGACGUCAAUACGACUUACAGCAGAGCAGAAAAGCGCGGGCUCAGCCCUUGCUCACUCGGCGGAAACCACUCUGCAGAUCAUAUCAACAGAAUCCAGGUGUUUUCUCCUGCGAAAACACGCCUCAAGGUAGGAAGAGUAGAGUGCUGCGAUGUAUUGUCUCUUUCAGAUGAGAAUACCACAAAUGUCAGAAUCAGGCCUUGCAUGGAAGCCGAAGCAAUUGCCUAGAACCGCAUAUAUCAGUACAGAUGCAGAGUGGUAGAUUUUUUAUACCUUCACUUUCCUAUGUGAAGCGAAGAAAAACCUAUACCGAUCUCAAGAAUGUAAACUAUGUCAUCAGUUGAAUCGACGUCUAAAUAAUAGCCCUGAAGAAUGUCUUAUCUUAUGGGGUGAA